AUGGAGAACUCAUCCACAGUGAAAUUCUUCAGUUUGUCAGGAUUACAAGAAACCAGGAGCAAUAAAUCUGUGUACUUUACAUUUACUUUUCUCUUUUACCUAAUUAUUAUUUUUGUGAAUUUGACUCUGAUUGUGAUAAUCAUUCUGGAGAAAGGCCUUCAUGAGCCCAUGUACAUUUUUCUGUGUAAUCUCUGCGUCAAUGUACUGUACGGCACUGCAGGUUUCUACCCUAAACUCCUACUGGAUCUUCUCUCCGAUGUUCAUGUGAUUUCUUAUGAUGGAUGUUUCACUCAAGGAUAUGUAAUUUACUCUUCUGUCAUGUGUGAGAUUACCAUAUUAACAGUUAUGGCUUAUGACAGGUAUGUGGCCAUAUGUAGACCUUUACAGUACCACACAAUUAUGACUCCUCUUACUGUUGGAAAGCUGCUGUCAUUUGCUUGGAGUUAUCCACUCCUUACAUCAGCAGGUGCACUUAUCCUAGCACUCAGAAUACCUCUGUGUGGAUCCUACAUUGACAAACUAUUCUGUGACAAUGGGUCAAUACUAAAACUGUCAUGUGUAUCUACAGUUACAAAUAUGACCUAUUCUUAUAUUUUAGUUUUAGGACAACUUUCACAGCUAUUUUGGAUUAUUUAUUCUUACUGCCACAUUGUUAAAACUUGUCUAAAAUCCAGAGAGGGAAGGAUUAAAUUUACUCAGACCUGCUUGCCACAUCUGUUGACGAUGAUUAAUUUUGCAAUUGCAACUCUGUUUGACCACAUGUAUAGUAGGUAUGGUUCUCAGAACCUGGCACCGAGUCUGCGUAAUGCAAUGAUCCUGCAAUUCCUAAUCAUCCCUCCUCUCUUCAACCCCAUUAUAUAUGGAUUAAACCUGCAGAAGAUUCGGAGGAGACUCUUCAGAUUAUGUGAGAAAAAUAAAGUAACUCAAAUGCAGUAG